AUGCAGUCCCAAGCUUGCGAUGUGUGUCACCGACGGAAGUCACGAUGCGACAAGAGACAUCCAUGUGGAUAUUGUCAGAAAGCCGGGGUAGAAUGCAAAUACACAGACAGAAGCAGAGAGCCCACAUUCCGGCGAGACCAUGUGGAGGCCAUUGAACGACGACUACGCCAAGCGGAAGCAAAGAACAAAGCACUGUCAGACGAGCUUGCCAAAGCCAAGAGAAAUGAGAACUCGAUCCUCAGCAGCCGUGAAGUCUCGGGUGUUAGAUCAACACCAUCAUCUAGAGAUGAAAACACUCAAUCCUCUACCCCUGUACAAGCAAAUGGGACAGGACACACUAUUAUCAACGAGGUUUCAUUCCUCGCCUCGACCGCAGCUGGAGAACGGCAUUACCUUGGUUCGACAAGCGGCGUUUUGUUUGCGAAUCUGGUGAGAGCUAGUGUUGACAUCUCCAAUGGCCAACACUCCUCUAGAGCUGAGAACGAGCAUUCUCAGCAGCUGAGCACUUUGGCGAAAAGCUCUGUAUCGACUACAUACAGUCAAUCCUUGCCUCCUCAUGAGCUGGCGAGUAAGCUCGUCUCAAGCUACCUAGCUCACGACCAUUUGUGCUACCCUUUUCUGCCGCCAGCUGAACUUCUCAGCAUGACGGAUGCCAUCUAUGGCGAUCCAUCUUUCUACUCCAAUAAUGCAUAUGAAGCAUUCGUGUUCGAUCUCGUCUUAGCCAUUGCAACGGCAAAUGUCUACAAAUUCGACUGGCAGAUGCUUCCAAGUGCAGAGACGCACCACUCUCGUGCAAUGUCAAGGAUCACGGAAGUCUUCCAAUGUGGAGGUAUCAAGAGCCUUCGAGUAAUUCUUCUUCUGUGUCAAUACCGUACUGGGAGCUCGAUGCAAGAUACUUCUGCAAGUAUGUGGCAUCUGGUAGGCAUUGCUGUCCGGAUUUGCUAUGAGCUGGGUCUACAUCGGGAGUCUACGUACACUUCCAAAACACAGCGCGACGAGCAUGAAAGGCAAUUAGCUGAGCGGAGAGAGCAAGAGAUCAAGCGUCGUUCUUUUUGGUGCGUCUUUGCUAUGGACAGAAUUGUUGGCAUAACGCUAGGUCGACCUCUGGCCAUCCACUUAGACGACAUCGAAGUUGCACUACCUUCUCCUCAAAGCGAUCAGAUAUUUGCUACUCAAUUCCAGGAACAACCAAGUGCACACCAGGCUAGCCGCACGUCGAUUUUCGUCCACAUCACCCAAUAUCGCCACCUAUGUGGCAGGAUUAUGACACACCUUCACGGCCUCAAGCGACCAGAGCAUACCGAGGAACGAGUGUCUACUCUCAGAGAUACGCUUGUGGCUGAGCUUGACGAGUGGAGAGCGAAUACAAAUAAUCUCGUCCUACCAGACAACGACAACGGACCCGAUUUUCCCCCAGAUCGCACGAGCUUCCGAUCCAGAGAGUGGUAUGAGGUCUUGUACAGUAAUGCGAGACUGCUCCUAUUCCGACCCUGUCCGAUGCUGGCGGACAUUUCCAAGGAUUCGAAGUCACUGCAAAACAUUUUCUCGUCCUCGAAGCAAGCUAUCACUAUAUAUGCCUAUCUUCACAAAUCUCGGAGAAUUAAUUACUCGUGGAUCACUUUGCACGCUGUAUUCAUGGCGGGGUUGUCUUACAUUUACGCAGUAUCACGCCACUUCAGAGAGAGGCGACGCGGACCGUCGUCGGGGGCGUGUCUGCUGUCAGAUCCAACGACGAUAGAGAUUGUCAACGAUACUAGAGCUUGCUCGAACGUUCUUGUCGCCGUCUCAGAACGUUGGAAUGCGCUUCGUCAUUGCCAUGAGGUGUUUGACAGGUUGAGCGAUGCGGUUCUAGCAGACGCUAUCAAGCUACAAUGUGCUCCCAAUCUCGUUCAGCAAUAUGCCACAUCGAUACUUCCACCAGACGCAGAGAACAGACGAUUACAAGAGAUCAAUUAUCAGCCGUUCAUGAGUUCAGCCUCUGCCAGUCUCCACCCCAACUCUUCUGCAACAGUCCCAAUGAACGACGCAUGCUACACCAGCACAUCCCCGUUAGCAGUUGAUUCAGCAUUUCGUAGCUGCUACGAUGACCUACAGAAUCUUUAUGAUCAGUCCUUCAUUGAUGAUCCUGUCAUGCAACUAUCUCACGACUGGCUCGGGUAUCUCGAUGAUUUCAGUGGCAACUACCAAUGGUCAAAUGAUACCUGA